ACGUGUAGGGGCGGACUGACCAUUUGGAAACUCGGGCAAUGCCCAAGGUCCCGGGGUCAGUAGGAGGCCCCAUGAGAUGCCCCUGGUACCUUUUUCAUAGGAUUUUUUGAGUUUGGGAAGGACACAGGGGCCCCAUGAUCCCCUAUUGCCCGGGUGCCCCAUGAGUUAUCAGUCCGCCCCUGGCCACUGCCGCCCAUCAGUACCGCCAGUCAGUACCGUCAGUCAGUGCCGCCUGUCAGUGCCCAUCAGUGCUACAUAUCAGUAC